GAUCGUCUAUGAUUGGUGGGAUCUUUGGGACAGAUAAAAGGAAGUUCUUCUUCAUGUAGUUCAUAGUUAAACUAUGGAGUUUGCUACACAUGUAGUGAUGGACAUUAGUUCAGAUGGUUUUAAAAGGGAAUUGUAUAAAUUACUGGAGGAGAACGCUAUUUGUGCCUGAUAGUCCUGAACACUGUAUGUCAUUUCCCAGUAUCAGAGGCAGUAUCCUUAUGCACACCAGUUGUUUGGGAACGUGGGUGUUGUUCCACCCAUGUCCUGAUUUGUGAGUUUCUUCAUUGCAGCUCGUUUGCCACUGUGUGAACAGAAUGCUGAAUUAGAUAGUUGUUUUGACUAAUUUGCUCCUCUUUUUCCUGCGUUCUUAUGAAUCUUGACAAAAUGUUUUGCAACUGCCUUCCAAUUUGUACAUAAUCUGACCCAUAUUUCUACAGGGAUUUUAGGAUUUUGACUUGCUAUCCUGUUAUAUACUGAUACUUCAGUACAGAAACAAUGCCAUUUCUAAGAACUAAUCUGAUGUCUUCAAAUGAUAACAUUGCAAGUGAUGAUUCAAGUAUCCACAAAAUGUCUUUUUCAAAUGAAACACUAUCUUCUGAAAAAAGUUCAGCAAGUCUGACUGAAAAGAAUGGCUAUCAGGACUCUGUUUACCUAAAUGCUGCCAACAUCUUUCAAGGCAUUCAUAAUGAAAAGCCUCAAGAUAAAAUAUUGGUAAAGUAUGGAAAUGGGCCAUUGCCAACUCUUCCAGAUUUCAAAGAUGAACACUUCCAGCGUCUCUCAUAUGAACUGGCCUUCAGUGCCCUAAAAUAUCAAGAUGUUCUUGAAAAUAUACUGAUAGACAGUGGCAUUUACCCAAUGCAGUCAAUACCAGAUGAACUGACCAGUCUAGUUGUUGUGAUGCUCUAUGAUCUCCAAGAUCGGAAAUUUGAAGCUCGCUUUAAUAUUGAUAAUGAAGAACCAAUAGCAGAGGUCCAAGAAGUUGAGCAUUAUCUGUGCAGUUUUAAGACAAAACUGGCUGCUGCCCUAGCAAGAUGUCGAAUCAAACAUGACGCUCUGUCUAUAGAACACAUUUUGCCAGAAACGAUACGGAAACAAGAACAAAGAGCUUCUUCGCUGCCUUUGUAUGCAUGGGUGAAUACACUUAAAGCAAGCCUUGAAGAAGUUCAUAGUUCUUUACAGAAAGAGGGAUUCACUGAGGUGGAAUCAGUUUCAAAUUUCGGUGGUGAUUCAUAUUGCCUGGAUGCACACUGUGAAGAUGUACUCAUCUUCCCUUCUUUUGUUAAAGAAAAGCUACUUACUUUGGAACUUUUUACUAAUUACAAGCUUUUAUUGCAGGAUAAGUCACGGAGCCUUGCUGUCCAUUCAGUGAAGGCCUUGCUGAAUAUGGAUGAUGACAUUUUAGUAGCACACAUGGGCUCGUGGCUCACUCUGGCCCAUAUGUCAGUGCUGACGAAUCAGGAGACAUCCAAAGUGUUCGUAUGUGGAGUAAAGUCAGUAGCAAAAGAAGCUGAACUGAAGGAACUGUUCACACAAAUGGAGUGCAAAAACAUUGAGCUACUACAUGAGGAUUUUACAAAUAUUGAACCAACGGAUCACAAGCUCCAAAAAGUGAAAGUAAUUUUGCUACUGCCUCGGUGUUCAGGAAUGGGUGUUAGCAAUCCAAUAGAAUUUAUUUUAAAAGAGCAUGAAGAUGCAGAAUUACUUAGGGAUCUCUCCCAAGGGUCUGUAGCAGAAGAUAAACUGCAUACACUUGCUCAACAGCAGCUGAAAGAACUAACACAUGCAAUGCAGUUUACUAAAGUGCAAGCUGUUGUCUACUGCACCUGUUCAGUUUACCCAGAAGAAAAUGAAGCUGUGGUGAGCAAAGCGCUAGCAUCUGGAGCAGAAGGAACAAAAGCUCAGCCCUACAAGCUUUGUCCACCUGUUCUUCCUUUGUGUUGCAAAUCAGAAAUAAGCAGUUCUGCAGAUAAAUUUUUCAAACUGGAACCAUCAGAUAUUUCUAACAGCUGUUUUAUAGCUGUCCUAACUCGAGAAAGGGAUCCAUCUGAAUCAGUGUCAGUGAAAGAUGUUUUAGCUCGUGCUGCAGCCAAAGGGUUGCUGGAAGGUAUUGAUUUAGCAAAGCCACCAAAGAGAGAAGAGAAAAAGAAGAAGAAACACAAAGUAACUCAGCCAAAGAAUGCUGUUAAAGAGGCCGUGAUACAGUCCAGAAUUCAGGAGUUUCUAGAACGAGAAAUGAAACCUGCAACUAUUGAUUCAGACAGUUCAGUAUCUAAUAUAACUACCAGUGCCUCUCAGAUUGUAAACCAGCCAAACAGUUCCAUUCCCUUGAAGAAAACAGCAAAGCCCCUCUCAAACCCAUCUCUGCCUGUGAUGUCAAAGAACACUCUCACAUCAUCCAUGCAAAAAGUGCUGGAAAGACAACAAAAUGUUAGGAAACCAAAGUGUGAUGAUAAACUGAUGAUCCUGAAACCUGUUGAAAUUGUCCUGCCUCCAGUAAUGAUGCCAUACUUCAACCCACAAGGAAACAGAUCCCAGAUUUCGUCUAACCACUAUUAUUACCAUUGGGUUGGAACAAAAAGUGGAACAUACGGUGUGCUUAGCCCUUCUCCAUCCAAAAAACUGAUUAAGUCUAAAGAAUCCUUGCCAUCUUCUACAGCCAAGCAUUCUCGCCCUUGGCUCUGAAGACACCCUAUUGUAACUGCUUAUUUAUCAAAAGUCUUAGAGACUGAAGUUUGUAUUCCCCUAAUGGUAAAAAAAAACAAAACAAAACCAUGUAUCACUUGGGCACCAAAUAUUCAUCUGCAGAGGAAACAAACUGUUUUUAGGAGGUAGUUAAAGCAUGAAUUCCUUUCCAUGGCUAUUACGAAGGUAGCAGAAGGGCUGUUCUGCAAAGGCUUGUAUUAUGUAAUUGUUACAAUGCAGCUUCAGAACAUUUUGAAUGUCAAACUGCCUAAAUUUAAUGUGCACACUCAAAUUAUGUAAAUCAUAAGGGUAAACUAAAAAAGUUUAUGUGGGCAAUAGCUUAUCAGCGUAGAGAACAGCAGAGAUAGAUGGUGUCUCAGUGUACUUGUAUAUGCUGAAUUUUAAAGCUAACCAUUACAGGUAUAAACAAGAACAGGGCUUCUAAAAAUAGAAGGUUUUUGGUACUUACUCACUUGAUAUGUUUUACAUUCUUGUUGCAUACAUUACCUUUUCUUUUUUUUUUCUAAAAUUGUUUCCAGUCUGCAACAACAUCUUUCAAGACUUUGGCUUGUUUAUUAAUCAACUCAAAUCUUCCCUCCCAAAAGGACAUUUUUGAAAGCGUGUAACAGUUUGGGCUUCAAGCAUCUCGAGCUCAACAAAGGGGGUUCAGAAGUUUAAACAAUAACAUUUUUCUGGCUUUGUGUGGCAGUGUAAUUUGGAUGGUUUCAUUCUGGUACUGCUAGACACUGAACUUUACUAGCAAGUCCAUAUACAUUUUCAGGUUAUUAUGCAGCAGAGUUAAACGAAAUAAGGCCUAUUAAACAAUUCCUGAUAAAUACAUUUCUUAAAUGUAGUAUUUUAUUCCCCCUUUCCUGCUUUAAUCUAUUCAAGAUUUUCUAUAUCUAAUUAUAAUGGGGUUUUGAAUUGCUGUCUACCUUGUCCUUGUAAUAAAGAAAGCAGUCCUAACCUUCUUUCUUAAAGGAACCACUUGCAUAUCUUUUGAUAUAUUUUCAAACAUUACUUCUUCAUGGUGGGAACAGAGACAUCUUGUAUCAUACAAAACAGUCUUUCUGAUUUGUUAGGAUAUUCUUGUAAUAUAUAACUAGAUUUAAUUGGUGGUAAUUUGAGAAGAAUGCAAAUGACAAACAUGGAAUGAUUUUGGGGUAUCGGCUGGGCUGAUAAGAGAAUCAAGAGUUUCUUGAAUUUCUCCGAGAAAAAGGAAGAUGAACAUUUUGGGUUCUGAUGUGUUUCUUUAGUAGUGUAUUUUUUCCUUUGGGACUUUUAGACUAAUCUGUGGGAUGCACACAAAAAGUAGUUGCACUUAAUGAAAAUUUCAACCUGGCACUUAAAGUCAAUCUAAAAAAAUUACAGUGUUUCCUUAAAUAGUUGUUGAAAAGUUUCAAAAUGAUUAAAGCAGAAAAAAAACCCUAGCCCUGUUCUUCAACCUGUAAGAUGCAGUGGAUGUUUCUAAACAAAAUAUAUAGUAGGAAUUAUUUUAAAAACUAUGUUUCUACUAAGAUAGCAAAGACAUAAGCCUAACUCUGGCCACUUUCUGGUGGCAUUAAAGAUCUUUCAAUUAGCAGAUAGAUGGACUUUGUUUAUACUUUGAAUAAGGUAGCUGCCAUAAGGUAGUUUUCAAUAAUUGAUGUGGAUUGAGAUUAGAUAAGAAUACAUUGGUAUUUUUAAGUAGGGAACUGAAGACUCUCACAGCCCGUCCUUCUAUACAAAGCCAGAAUUUCAGUGUGACAUCUAUGCGUUGCUCACACCCCAUGUUAGUUUAAGUGUCAUCAGGUUUUCUGAACCUUAUAAAUCCUUUGUGAUCCUUACGCAACUUCUGCAAGUUAGGUCAGCAUUAUCAUGAAGAGACAACAGAGGAUGGAUUUCCAGUGGUCUAGGGCAUCCAUGAUUCCUGAUAUAUGUGAAAAGGGGGAUUCCCAGCAUAUAUCCUUCACCACUGUACUGCCACAAAUGCCAACUAUAAUCCUCCUCAGUUAUAUGGUAGCACUAGAUCAGCUACAACUUCUAAUUUUUGUUUAAACAUUUGAAAAGUCAUUCUUUUAUUAAAAUGAUUCCCUUCUUUAAAAUAUGUCUAUAUUUUAAUCUUGUGG